GUGUGACGUUUGCAGUGUGAAAGUUCACAGGGCAUGCUAAGGUCGUGUUUUUAGCGAGCUAUGGCUGCCUUGAGUUGGUUUACUUGCAGACAGCUGCCGCGGAUUGCAUCUCAGUUCGCCCAGGUUGUGAAACACGUCCGGCCGCAGUACUUUGGAGGACUGCCGGCGAGGAGAGUCCACGGGUCUUCGCGGAAAUGGGUGGUUGAGAAGGAGCAAUGGAGCAAGGCUCGCGUUCCCGAGUAUCAUCAGCUGACAGAACUCGAUAAGGCGGAUGCUUUGAUGCUGAGAAAGUCCCACGAAACCGGUUUCCUGUCUUGGUUCCGUAACGGACUCCUGGCCACCGGUAUCGGGGUCAUCGCUUUCGUCCAGAGUGACGUAGGACGAGAAGCAGGCUAUGCCUUCUUCAUCCUGGGUGGUGUGUGUGUAUCGUUCGGCGGGGCGUCCUAUGUGGGCAGCCUGUUUUCCCUGAGGAGGAUCAUGCUUCUCUCCCUGCCUGCCGUGCUGCUGAAUGUUGCUGUGGUGAGCAGCAUCGCCCUCUUCUGGCUGUGUGCGGUAUCGCUCUACAUCGGACGCCUGGAGGUGGAGAUUAUUCACGAGGAUGACGAUGACGGAGGGGAGUGCCCAGACUGUCGCGACCGCUGCAACCACUCCCGUGGCGACAGGCACCACGGCAACGGCAACGGCAAAGGCCAAGACAAGUAGAGCGCUUGAGUGGCAAAGGUGACGAAGUGUGUGUUUGUUUCUUUGUGUGUGAGUGAGACAGAGAGAGUGUAUGACACUCAAAGACGCGUGGGUACAAAGGGGAUCAGUGAAAGGCAUGAUUUGGUUAAGUCCUCUGUGAGAGUAGUUUGUGUGGGUGAUUGUCUUAAAUUGCUGUGAUUAGGUAUCAGAUGGGGCGGCAGGUAGCCUAGUGGUUAGAGCGUUGCACUUGUAACCAAAAGGUUGUAAGUUCGAAUCCCCGAGCAGUCCUGGACAAGGCAGUUUAACCCACUGUUUCUAGGCCGUCAUUGAAAAUAAGGAUUUGUUCUUAACUGACUUGCCUUGUUAAGUAAAGAUGGGGAAAAAAAGAUAUCAGAUGUUAGAUUUUUUUCAAUUUAGUUUUAUUUUACACACACACACACACACACACACACACACACACACACACACACACACACACACACACACACACACACACACACACACACACACACACACA